AUGGCGGGUCUAUUGAGAGCUAUGCGGAGGGCUUACAUACCUGGCCUUUCUCACAUGAGACGGCACUCCACUUAUCCUCUUAUGUAUUCGGACGAGGUGCGGGAUGCAAAGGCCGAAGGCAAACCGAUAGUCGCUCUGGAGUCAACUAUCAUCACACACGGUAUGCCGUAUCCGAGGAAUUUAGAGACUGCCCUUGAGGUCGAUGAUAUCAUUAGACGACAGGGUGCAACCCCGGCUACCAUAUCUAUCCUAAAGGGCCAACUCACAGUAGGUCUAACAAAAGAACAAAUACAAUACCUAGCAAAAGCAAAAGGAGUUGUUAAGGCAUCAAGACGAGACCUUGCGCCCAUAAUGGCAUCACAACUAGAUGGCGCUACUACAGUUGCUGGCACUAUUAUAGCAGCUGAACUAGCAGAUAUACCGAUUUUUGUUACUGGAGGCAUCGGUGGAGUUCACCGUGAAGGCGAGGACACAAUGGAUGUGUCAGCCGACCUCACCGAGCUGGGUCACAGUAAGACCUUGGUUGUGUGCAGCGGAGUUAAAUCCAUCCUUGACAUAGGCAGGACCCUUGAGUACUUGGAAACUCAGGGGGUCACAGUAUGUUCUUUCGGCGAAUCUAAGGAAUUCCCAUCGUUCUACACAAGGCGCUCAGGUCACACCGCUCCUCACAACGCCCGCGACGCUCUUCAUGCAGCACGUUUAUUAUACGCAGCUAGACAACUGAAAUUGUCUUCUGGCAUUGUAAUUGCCGUCCCGGUACCUCAAGAACACGCAAUGGAUGAAAAGGUGAUCGAGACAGCUAUUAGGAAUGCGCUUUUUGAAGCAAAUAAGCAAGGAAUUCGGGGUAAGGAUGUGACCCCAUUCUUAUUGGCCGCAGUGUCUGCGGCAACGGGUGGCGCCUCACUUGAUGCUAACAUCGCGCUCAUAAAGAACAACGCUAAAGUCGGCGCCGAUAUUGCCGUCCAAUUUCAAAAACUGAGGAACGUUGACAAUUUAGAGAACGCUUUUAAUAUCGGAGUCUCAAAGAGCUCGGGGAAAUGUACGACGAAUUCUUCAAGACAGUUACAUACCAUGUGUGCUUCGUCUGCCAACGAGAGCGGUGCCGGUACAAAUAUGAUAAACAAUUCAUCUGGCGAUGUGCUCGUCAUCGGUGGAGCCAACGUCGAUAGGACCUACAGGGUCACUGAACAGCAUGUUCAGCUAUUCGAGAUUGAUCCAACGUUGAUUAGAAGGAAGCACGACACGUGUGUAUUCGAAGCUACAGAAAAUGUAAAGCUG